AACAAAGGAGAAUGGAGGAAAUGGCGGCUCCUGGGGCAGAGCUCUAUACAAAGGUCUUGAACAAGAAUAAAAAGAGAAGUAUCCAGUCGUUCCUGGAACCUCUCUUGGCCUCUGGGUUCUCUGUACAUACAGCGCUAAAAGCUUUGGCAGCGACUGGACAAAAGACGGUAGAAGCAGCAGCAAAAUGGUGCGUGUGUGCAAGCUGAACUUCCAGACAGCACAAAUUAGAAGCCCUUGCUCCAGUAGAUGUGCUUCUGAACUUGACAUCAUAGGAAUGGAUCCAGCAAGAUCACAGGAAACAUGAAUAUAUCCAGUUGCACUCUCACUGCAAUGAUCCUUCUUUGGAUGAUCCGAUCCCUCAGGAAUACGCCCUCUAUUUAUGCCCAACAGGCCCUCUGAAUGAUGUACUGAUGGAGUUUUGGAGAGAAAGCAGACAACAGUGUGGAAAAAACAAAGCCCAUGAUAAUUUCCCACACAUAACACUUUCAGAAUUCUUUACGUGUGAAGACCAAAAGGUUGAUGCCUUAUACGAUGCCUUAAAGAGAGCUGGUGACCAGUUUUCCAGUUGCUUCCCAGCAAUCAUCUCCUUAUCACUACAUUCCUCCACCACUUACAUCGGCUUCUUCGUCAGUGAUGGUCCAGCAAAUAUACUCAAAUCAUUUGCAGUAGCUUUUGCCACAGAGGCCAUGGCCUUAGCAGACUGCUGUGUGAAACCUUCAACCAAGCAACUCCACAUGACGCUGGCCAACAAAUUUUAUCCACACCAUCAAAAGACUUUGGAGCAACUAGCCAAAUCCAUCAAUCCUAGGCAAAGCUGCCAGUGGGUCGCAACUCUGUAUUCCAGAGACAUGCGCUUCGUACAUUACCAGGUUUUGAGGGCUUUGUUCCAAUAUAAGCCUCAGAACAUCGAUGAGCUGAUGCUGAAAGCUGGAGAUCUUAUAUAUGUCAAUCCAACGCAACAAAGUGAAGUUUGUGAUGGCUGGGUCAUUGGUAUCUCCCACCGAUCUGGUUGUCAGGGAUUUCUUCCUGAAAACUACACAGAAAAGGCCAACGAGUCAGAUACCUGGGUCAAACACAGAGAAUAUAUUUUCACUCUAGCCUCAGUACAUCCUCCUAAGAAUCACAAUGACACACGCAUGAAACUGAAAAAUCCAAAUCCAAUGCCAAGGAAUGUAGCCAAAACAGUUGCUCAUCAGCUGUCUAGGAAAUCCACAGCACAAAGAAGUCUGUUAGUGAUUCGCCAUGGAGAAAGUGUUGAUCAGGUGUUUGGGAAGUCUUGGCUACAGCAGUGUUUUGGUGCAGAUGGAAAAUACUAUCGAGGAGACCUUAAUUUGCCCAUCGGUCUAAUGAACCGAAAAGAUGGUAUCAAGAGCUAUGAAUAUGAUCCCCCUUUAUCACACUGUGGUAUAUUCCAGUCUAGACUAAUUGGUGAAGCCCUGCUAGAGAAUGAAGUGAUGAUCAGCUGUGUGUACUCUUCUCCAGCACUGUGCUGUGUCCAAACCGCACAGCAUGUUCUGGAAGGGCUUCAGCUGGAACAAAAAGUUAAAAUUCGUAUAGAACCUGGGCUCUUUGAAUGGACAAAAUGGGAGAGCAAUGCAGCUGUUCCCUCAUUUGUGACACAGAGAGAACUCGCUGAAGUCAAUUACAGCAUAGAUACCGCAUACAAAUGCAUUUUCCCUCUUUCUUCGUUGACGCCCUCUGAAACCUAUGAGGACUAUAUAAACAGAUGCUCUGCAAGUACAAAACAGAUGGUUGGCUCCUGCACAACUGAAGGCACUAUCCUGAUUGUUGGCCAUGGUUCAUCUCUGGAUUCCUUUCCUAGGCCAUUAUUGGGUCUUCCAGCCAGGGAGAGCAGUGACUUUGCCCACUUUGUUCAAAAGAUACCUUCACUAGGCAUGUGUUUCUGUGAAGAACUGAAAGAAGAGAAAAAAUGGAAAAUGAUAAACCCACCUGUCAAGAUGUUAACCCAUGGAGCAAAUGUUGCAUUUGAUUGGAAGAAGAUCCUUCUGGAGAAUUAAGUUAUAUGCAUUCAUCCCCAUUGUGGAUUUAUACUUUUCUGGUUCUACAGAAUCUCAGCCCAAAGCCCUGCCCUGUGGUCUCUUUCAUGGCUACAACAACCAAGUGAUGGAACUCAGGAACUGGCUUACAUAUAGGGAGAGGCAGUCCAUACCUUCUUUGCAAUUCUAGGUUUUCAGCUUUAAAACAAAACAAAACUUCCCUGACAAGGAAAGAAAUGCAACCUAGAAAUAAAAGCUGUAGGUUUCAUUUUAAUUGCAUUUCUCCCCUAAUAAAUAGGAGUAGAAUUGAUGUAGAAUACUGCCUACAUCAUAUUUCUCUAGCUAGACUCUGUCUUCUAUCACACAAAUAAGGAUUUGUGAAAUGUCUUGCAGUGCACUUUAAAAAUAAGAAUAUUUUAUUGCUUUGCUAAUGCAAAAAUUGUGUUGCUGAUUUUUAAAAAAAAUCAAGCACACUUUUCAGCUCAGUAUCUGCUGGAGAUUUCCUGAGCUUAGAUUUAUGUAAUAAAAGCACAUGGAACUGCUGCUUUUGAUCUUGUCCUCUGAUACACCUAUACAUUUGUCCCCCACAUUCUGACACAUAGACAAAUCUCUUUCACACAUGAAGUUGAAUCUCCCCCUAAUCUACUUUUCCCCCCUGUGAGCCCAGCCAUGAAUAGAAUGUGUUGAGGACAGCUCUAGAGUAACAGGCACUUCAGAAAAUAGUGUGGGUUGGUCCUGCAUAUAAGGCUGGAGUGGAGAAAGAGGAUUAUUUUUAAGGGAGUUUAUUGUGUUAAAGCAUUCUUAAUCUUGCUUACCAGUCAAAAAGUCUCCCUGGUGGUUUAUAUGCAAUCAAGAAAAACAAGAGAGACUCUCAUUUUGUGCUUGCAAUCAACAGACACAACACAAAUGGAAGGAGUAGUGAGAAAGGAAGAAGGGGCAGGCAAACUCAGGCACAGUUGCAAGUUAAAUAAUCGUUCUGAUUAGCUGGAAAAGAAGCAGUUCAGGGAAAGGAUAAGCCUGAUCGAUCUAACCCCUUCCCAUCCCCCACGGUUACAACCCAGAGAAAUGUCUCCCUGCCUGGGAGGGAAUGCCCAAGUGAGUUAAAAUAAGAGACCCAAUUCCUUGACAUGUGUUUCUGUCGUCCAUUAUUGUUGAUGCGUAUACUAUACAUUCACACAACUGCAGGGUCCCUUAAGGAUUUCCAUCAGUACCAAGCAGAGCAUGAUACUUUGUUGGUAAAUUAUAUGGAAUUAAGCAUGAUCAGGGAUGUGGACGAGGUUGGGGAUGGUGCCAAUUAUUGGGGACGGUGAAAACCAAAAGGGUGUGUGAGGAGCUCCAAAGGAACAAGGGGCAUCACACAGCUCCAUGUAAGCAAGGAUAUCGUGAUAAACGAGGGGCAGCAGGAUCAGUUGAUGGGAUCCAAAGUGCUAGAGAGUUCUAUCCCUGCCUGAGAUACCAGUAAAGAGGUUUCUUCUUUGCUCUGCUCCACUUAAUGUCUUCAGCUUAGUCAGCUCUAACCUGUCUACAAUAGCCGCACCAUGGGCCUCCCUGGGCCCUUUCUCCCAGUCAAAGCUUCAUCUUCUAUGGUUUCCACUACCAUGUUCUUCCCCUGGAAAAUCCCUUGAGGCAGUAUCUUGUCUGUGCUAUAGGAUCACUUCCUGGCAUCACCUGUUGAAAGCAAAUUAUGGCAAGACUGAAGCUGGGACUUGGGCCUCAUUACUGGAAGCUUCCCCUGAGGCUGGAAAUGAUUGAAGGCAAAAGUACUCCUGUAUCAGGCUGGUCCUAUAUCAUUUACACUGGCAGCCAAUUGGAAUCCAGGCCCAGUUUA